AUUUCCUUUUCAAGCAGAUGAUUACACGGCCCUCCUGGUGUUGACUGGUCACCGAGUGGACUUCAGCAAUGCAAGAGGCACAGUCAAACCGCUGCCUACAUUAGCCCAUUCCUAAAACAGAAACAGAUAUUGCUUCGCGGCAUAAACAAGCACAUGUAACGCCAAAGGCCUACCACUAAAACAACAUAUCGCACGGUGGGAGCGGCUUUCAUGUCAGUGAUGUGUCCCGACUCCACCAACGCGUCGGUCAACCAGCCCACAUAAGACGAGACAUUCAAAAAAUUCGACAACAUCCUGUAUUUAACUGGCCUUUUUAAUAUUAUCAUCAAGUUACUUCGUGUGUUUACAAACAUCAACUCUUAGCUACAAUGGAUCGCUAGGUUUUAUAAUACGUGAAUCAUUCGCGUUGAAGCUAUCUAGAACUGCAGUUGGAAGUUAAAGGUCAACUAUUCGCGAAGCAGCCUGUCUAUCAUGAGAACAUAAUGAUUGGAAUCAUAAUUGUAACACUUCUAUCAUCGUCCAUCGCCACGAAUACCCUCGCGGACAAAUGCGAGACAAUCAAAAUAGGCAAUGAAUUCUACAAGCGGCAGUUAAUCGCGACGAUCGACGGAUACCCAACCGGAAUGGCUGUUGACCCUAAAACCGACAACUUAUUCUUCCUGCUCCACAAACGUAAUUAUACCAAGGGCAUACACAUACUAAAACGCGGAUCUCUAGGAGUUAAAUUACUACCGAUCUCCGACGACGUGAUAGGCCAAUGCGUGGCCAUAGACACGGUAAACAACAUCAUUUAUAUAGGCACAAAUCAAGGUAUACUUAGCUACGACGAUGCCCACUCGGAAAUCAACUCAGAGAGGCCCAUAGGCGAUGACGACGUGAGGAACAUAUUUAUAGACAACAACGACAAUCAAAUGUAUAUAACAACCGGAACGAAUCACGAAAUAUUCAGGUUCAUGAAUAACACAGCCGCCGUGAAGAGAUACGACAAAGUACCUAAAGCAUACAGCUUUGUUUUAGACAGCAACGGCAACAUAUUCUACGAAUUUGUCGACGGAAGAUUGUAUUUCUUGUCAAUAGACUAUUACGAGCCGAUCCAAUAUAAAGGACUUACCAGAGAACUGAAAUAUAUAUUACAAAUGAACAAUAACGAUGAAAUAAUUCUAGCCGUCAAAGGAUCGUUGUUUAAAUUGACAACGAAAAGUAUAUUGCCCGAGAAAUUAGGUCAGCUGGGCUUCAAAAUUACGGGAAUGGUAUUCGAUAAUAAAAACAAUAUGAUAAUAGGAACUAAAGGUAAAAUAUACAGAUACAAACCGAUCGAUAGGAACGAUCCAUGUCCGUCGGAAGACUAUUUUAUGGCCACUAUUUGAAGAUGUAGGUAAUGUAAAACAUCAAGCUAUUGACCAUAUACUCUUUAACUUUGCAUGAUUAUAUUAUUAAAUAGAAUUUAUUCGAAUUAGCCUAUCUACAGAUUUGAACACCGUAUUUAGAAUAACAUGACAAGUCUCUUUGACGACACACAUUUUGCACCACUAGCCUCUACCAGUAGCUACUAGUAACUUAUCUAGCGUCAAUAUUUAUUAAUUUAAUAUGCUAGUGCAAUAUUUAUAGUUGACAUUCCGUAGGUUCAUCAGUGUUACUACACUAAAUUAAAAUAUUUUACUCAACGCACAAACCAAGAAGCACAAAGCGCUGUUCCUAAUUAUUAGCAGGAUUUAUCAAGAAAACACAUAAAAAUAUCAUCACCUAGCAAUCAUAAACUCAUAUCAUAUAUUAUCUCAUACCAUAUAUCAUAUAUUAUCGCUGUAUUUAUAAUUAUUAAUAGUUUAAAAUAACGCUGUACAAGUAUUGUUAUGUAUGAAACAAUAAUAAAUUUUAUUAAAAACUU